AUGUCUUCAUCAACAAUUGAAAAGUGGGCGCAGUCACUACUCACUCCUUCACCUAUCGGCCUCUUCAUUGCCAUCGUUCUCGCCAUUUCAAUCCCUAUUUUACUUCAUGGCUUCGUCUUCCGGACCAGCGGACUCGUAACUCUACCAUAUAUCGUUCUGGUCGGACCCAGUGGCUCUGGAAAGACUUCCCUGCUAACCUUGUUUGAACGGGGCGCAAAUGCAUCAACACAUACCUCACAAACUCCGAUCGCCGUAGAAUGCCAUCUUCCCGUUGGGACAGUGGCCAAGUCGAACCAGUACCGCUCGGCCAACGACCCCUCGAGCCACGUACACAAGAAGUUCCUCUUGGUCGAUACUCCUGGCCAUGGUAAACUGCGACACCAUGCCCUAGAAUGUAUCACAAAACUGCAAAACCUAAAAGGCCUUAUCUUCGUCGUCGAUGCUGCUACGUUGUCCGCAGGAGAUGAGGGUCUGAGGCAAACGGCCGAUUUUCUGCAUGAUUUCCUCUUGGUCCUGCAGAAGAGGGUGGGAACCAAGACGACAAAGGCUUUGAAAGCAAUUCCAAUUUUGAUCGCAGCCAACAAGAUGGAUCUUUUUACUGCACUCCCGGUGGCUUUAGUGAAGAGUAGUCUGGAAGGUGCAGUCUCAAAAGUCAGGGUGUCAAGAUCGAAGGGACUUUUAGAUUCUGGAAUUGGUAUGGAUGAUGAUGUUAACGAGAAAGACGACUGGCUAGGGGAGAUGGGAUCUGAAGAAUUCAAGUUCUCGCAGAUGGAGGAGUUUGAUAUCGCGAUAGAAGUCGUUGGGGGCAAUAUUCUUGGGGAUGAUCCUACGGUGGAAAGGUGGUGGGAAUGGAUUUCACAGAGGCUUUGA